AUGUCGGCACCGGUCCCCAAGAACUUCAAUGCCGAUGAGGCAGACAACCUCGAAGAUAUCGAGAAGCAGUUCGCUGUCAAAGUAGUGCAGCACAUGCAAACGUACUGGUCUAUCCUCGAAAAGGUCAAGGGCUCGUCCCUGCGCCUGACCAAGCUCGACGACGAGAUUUACGACCACCUCAAGCGCGACUUUCCCGAUUUCGAUCCGGCCGCCACCAUCAAUGAGGACGAGAUGAAGAGCAAAGCGGGCAAGGAGAGGUGGCGCAACUUCAUGAUGGCGUACGAAAAGAAGGUUGAUGACUACAACUUUGGGACUCUCCUGCGGUCUAAUCCAAAGUUUGAGUAUGGCCGGGAGGAGACCAUUUUUGUCCCAAGGAUGCAGUUCUAUGCUGUAGAGAUUGCCAGAAACCGGCUUGGCCUGAACGACUGGGUCUAUGAAAAGGCACAACAAGAGAAAGCCGAGGCCUCUAAAUCUAGCACAUGA